UGUUGUUUCCCCACAUGCGAUCGGUCUGUCAUCGGGGCUGUAGCGGGAGAGGCGUGCGUGAUAGGACUAUGUCCAUGUAAUUUGGUCGUAGUUACAUGUCUAUUAUGCCUACUAUGUGGAAAUACUGAUUUUUCAUCAAAGCUAACUUAAAAGACAAAGAAAAAAAAGCCGGUUCAAUUUUAGAGAGCACCAUUUCAAAGAUGGAUCCCAUAACAAAGUGGACUUCUAAACAAGUUGUAGAUUGGAUAAGAGGCCUGGACGACAGCCUACAGCAGUAUGUCCCGUACUUUGAGCGUGAGAAGAUUGACGGGGAGCAGCUGUUGAAGAUCUCCCACCAGGACCUGCUAGAACUGGGUGUGACCAGGAUUGGACACCAGGAACUGGUGCUGGAGGCAGUCGACCUGCUCUGUGCUCUGAACUAUGGGGUGGAGAAAGACAACCUGAAGACUCUGGUUGGUCGUAUGAGAGCGGCGUCCAACAACCUCCACAACUCAGCGUCGGAGCGCAGAAAGAACCCGCCGUACGAGGGCAAGAAGUCCCACAAACCCCCCAAUGACUUCCUCACUGCUGUGGUGGAGGUCAUCGGAGCAGCCAAGAGUCUACUGGCCUGGCUGGACAGGACUUCUCUGACGGGGAUCAGUGACUUCACCUCCACUAAGAACAGGAUCAUUCAGCUGUGUCUGGAACUCACCUCCACCGUUCAGAAGGACUGCACAGUUUAUGACAUGGAGGAGAAGAUUCUGGAAGUGUCUGUGGCUCUGAACGUGAUCAGUGAGCAGACGAUGAGGACGACCUCUGACCCCCAGAAGAGUCAGAUGGCCUGUCUGGAGGAGGUCCAUAUCACCAACAUCAGACCUAGGGAUGGACUGGGGUUGUAUAUCAAAUCCACCUAUGACGGGCUUCACAUCAUCACUGGAACUACAGAACAUUCUCCAGCAGAUAGAACACACAGGAUCCACGCAGGAGACGAGGUCGUCCAGGUCAACAAGCAGACAGUGGUGGGCUGGCAGCUGGAGAAACUGGUGGGUAAGCUGAAGGCGGACCCAGCAGGUGUUACUCUGGUGGUAAAGAAGAGGCCCUCGGGUACCUUUAGCUUCACCCCGGCCCCCCUGAAGAACAUGCGCUGGAGGCCCCUUCUGGUGCAGAGCGCCCUGAGUAUGCAUAAGAUCCAGUCUCCAAAACAUGCCUGUGAAGCACGCAUGAAAAAAGAGAAGCCAGCCAUUCUGGACCUAUUUAUCCCUCCUCCCCCCACUGUACCCUAUACCCCACGAGAUGAGAAGCCUAAUGCCAGUGUCAAACUGAGACCGAAGGGUUCACAGUCGCCAAACUCCUUCCUGGAUGAGGGCAGACGGCGCUUCACCAUCGCAGACUAUGACAACAAAAUCAGAGUCUGCCCCCCUCCUGAACCCAGCCUCCAACCAGCCCCAGUAGCCCGCCUGAGACAACGGACAUCCACACGGGGUAAACCACGGCCCCUGUCCAUGCCUGUAGACUCGUGUUUGGGCAUGUCUGAUUCGUCUUCCAGACCCUGGCCCCAAGGGAGAAAAGGAGAGGACAUCCUGCACAGAUACCUGAGUAACGAGCGCAUCACCACCAUCUCUGAGGAGGCCUCGUUCUUCCCCCUACCCUACAGACCCCUGGAGGGGCGAUCUGGCCAGCUGGUCCGCGGCGUCGACCACAUCCGGGGCUCCCAGUGCUUCAUCAAUGCUGACCUGCACAACAGCGCCACCAUCCCCUACCAGGAGGCAUUGUGGAAAAAGGCCCCGGCUACGACUCUGACCCCUAGUGCUGCUGCUACUCCCAAACCCCCUCCGUCUGAACCCUCUUCGAUCCUGGGGGGCUGGCUAGCCCGGCUCAGGCUGUUGAGUCAUUGACGAGUGCCUCGAUCUUGUGGACAGUGGAACGUGUGUCGCCCCCACUGCCUUUACCUUGCUAUAAUCGAACAGUGGUAUGGUUUCUCCACUCAGUAUUCUGACUAACACGUACCAUUCCUGGAACGUUCUGUUGGAACUUGGAACACUAAAACAGCCUUUGGAAGCUUUGCUUCAUUUCAACUCCACAUAGCCUAGGGGUAGACCAUUUGGUUGGAUCUCUCACUACAUUUCAACUCCACACAGCCCAGGGGUAGACCAUUUGGUUGGAUCUCUCACUACAUUUCAACUCCACAUAGCCCAGGGGUAGACCAUUUGGUUGGAUCUCUCACUACAUUUCAACUCCACACAGCCCAGGGGUAGACCAUUUGGUUGGAUCUCUCACUACAUUUAAACUCCACAUAGCCUAGGGGUAGACCAAUUGGUUGGAUCUCACUACAUUUCAACGCCACAUAGCCCAGGGGUAGACCAUUUGGUUAGAUCUCUCACUACAUUUCAACUCCACAUAGCUUAGGGGUAGACCAUUUGGUUGGAUCUCUCGCUACAUUUCAACUCCUUGGCGUGACAGACUUGGUUUAGAUUCAAUAUGCUGACAGAUUCAGAAUGUUUCGUGGAGGAGUUGGAGAAAAUGACAAGAGAGUUUCUGUUUCUGCUCAUUUUCCUAAUCAAGAGAAGGACUGUCAUUCAGGUUUAGGGAACAUUAGCCUUGCUUCUGUAGGUGAACUGUCAUACUUGUAAAUUGUUAAGUUAUUUAGUUUGUGUCUGUACAGAUUUCUUGUACAUGUGUUUAAAAUCAUUUUAAGAAGUUGAUUUGAUUUUUGUACCGAUUUAUUUUGUAUUUCAUUCCAUGAGUUGAUAUAUAGAUAUAAUGAAAGCCUAUCAUUUUAUUUGAGAUAAUGUGCUUCUCUUCAUAGUGUUUCAUGUUACUAUGCGAUGGACAUAACUGCCAGAGUUGGCCUUUCUUAAAGCUACCGUAUGAAAACCCUUGAUCCGGUGCUGUUACAAAUAGUGUGUGUUUGUGUGAGUGAGUGAGUGAGUGAGUGAGUGAGUGAGUGAGUGAGUGAGUGAGUGAGUGAGUGAGUGCGUAUGUACAUGAGGUAGUAUGUACAUGUAGGUAGAGUUAUUAAUGUGACUAUGCAUAGAUGACAACAGAGAGCUGCAGUGGUGUGGAGAGGGAAGGGGGGGGGGAAAUGCGAAUAGUCUUGGUAGCCAUUUGACUAGAUGUUCAGGAGUCUUAUGGCUUGGGGGUAGAAGCUGUUUAGAAGCCUCUUGGAUCUAGACUUGGCGCUCCGGUUCCGCUUGUCGUGCCCGCUUCACGACUGUCAUGGGGUGCUUGGACCAUGUUAGUUUGUUGGUGAUGUGGACCCCAAGGAACUUGAAGCUCUCAACCUGCUCCACUACAACCCCGCUGAUGAGAAUGGGGGCGUGCUCAGUCCUCCUUUUCCUGUAGUCCACAAUCAUUUCCUUUGUCUUGAUCACGUUGAGGGAGAGGUUGUUGUCCUGGCACCACACGACCAGGUCUCUGACCUCCUCGCUAUAGGCUGUCUCGUUGUUGUCGCAACUCACAAUACUUUUCAAGUGCUUUGCAAUAUGAAUACCUCUGUGAUAGUUUCAACAUUUUCUAAACUAUAAUAAAAAGAUGCAAUUUCA